AUGGCUUACGGUGGCCGUCGCCCGAGAGAAGAUGGAGGUGUCGACCCAGAUAUGGCGACUGGACCUCCUCUUGAGAGUCCUCACUUCUUCAAGAUCAUUCUCUCCGACACCGUCGAAUCUGGGAAGCUCGGAAUACCGAAAGAAUUCUUAGGAAGAUAUGGAAAGGAUCUCUCGAGCACAGUGCUACUCAAGCAUGGGUUGUUCAAGCAUGUGCGUGGGCAGUACGUUCCUCGUAGGUUCAUCAUGCAGCACAUUCUGGAAAUCAAGGAAAUCGCGACUCUUAGGCAUUCAGACAGAUCGUGGCCUGUAAAGCUUAGGAGCUAUCCUCAUUCAGUCCACGGGGCGGCGUUCUCUUCUGCAUUUGUGAGAGGAACUCGCUUGCAUGUAGGAAAUGUCUGUGUGUUCGAGCUAAUUGAUAGGGAUGAUGUUGUGUUCAGAGUCUACAUUUUCAGUAGUGCAGGCAGGUACAAACGGUCUAAAUGCAGAGUGAACAAUCUUGAGCCGGUAUUUCAUGAUCCUACUCCUCCGAGGCCUCUUGCUACUCCUGAAUUAGCUAGAGAAUUUGAUUCGGAGCAUCCUUUCUUCAAACUGGUGAUACGGCAGGGUCAUUUGAAAAAACUGGGUGUUCCCGAUCGAUUCAUCAGGCAACAUAUUCAAGAAAACAAGGGAACCGCAACUCUUAGGUAUUCAGACAGAUCGUGGCCGGUGAAGUUCUUAAAGUAUAAGAAUAGAAAACUAGCGUCGAUCUCCGCUGGUUGGACUGCAUUUGCAAGAGAAACUUAUUUGUGUGUGGGAAAUGUCUAUGCGAUUGAGCUCAUUGAUAGGGAAGAUAAUGUGUUCAAAGUCUCCAUCUUCAGAUAA